AUCAAUGCUGAGCAACAGCUAAUCGAAACAUUUGUAACGUCAGCAAAGACGGUAUAUAGCAAGUACGAAAUGAAGACAAUCCUAGUGUUCGUUGCCGUUAUGGCAUUGGCAGUUGCUGCCCCAGUAGAGGAUAAGGACGCCCAGAUUGUACAAUACGAAAAUGAUAAUCAGGGCAUCGAAGGGUACAAUUUCAAAUACGACACGAGCAACGGAAUUCAACGAUCGGAACAGGCACAACUGAAAAGUUUUGGUGACGAAAUCAGUGCCUUGGUUGUUCGAGGAUCCUACUCGUACGUUGGUGCCGACGGGCAAACCUACACCGUAAAUUACAUCGCCGAUGAAAACGGAUUCCAACCGGAGGCCCCUCAUAUUCCCAAAGCGUAGUUUGAAGAGAGCGUCGUCUGUUUUAGGUGUAAGUUGGGAAUGAAUAAAAAG